AUGCACUUCAACUAUUCGGCUCUGCUCCUGCUUGCUGGCAGCUUCCUUGUAUCUGCUUUGCCGAGACCCGAUAUCGGUGAUGCUGUGACCAGCGGACUUCCCGCCAAGGUUCAAAAGCAGGUGGAUAACGGCGACCUGAGCUGCGUCGAGGUCUCGGAUGGUAUUUCAUGCAGUGACCAAGCUGGCAGAUCGUUCUUCGUGCGGGAUGACGGCAGCACCACGAAAUUGCAGUAA